AUGGCGCCCAACCCACACUGGCGGCAGCACCAGUCGAGUAACAGCACCGCGUCUGGCCGCAGCGACAACAGCACCGUGUCGGCUCGCAGCGACGCCAGCGACCGUUCGUACGACACCGCGCCGACAGAGUACAGCGACCGCAGACCGUCGCUCAUGCACAGCGAGACCAGCCACGCCCGCCUCCAGGGACGCGCCCGGGAACGAGACUACUUUGUGCCUCAACACAAGGUCGACCGCUAUCCACAGCUGCCGCCCCGCUCCUCCGUCGACACAUAUGCCUCGACAUCAGAAGAAGACCUCGCCGAUGAGCUCGAUGAUGACAUGCCCGACUACGAUGUGCCCACAUACCGACACGAGCCACUAGCCUGCGAUGCCAUCCCUACCACACCCCGCGACUUUGGGGAGCUCUUCCCUACGUCCAAGCGCCUAUCCAUACGCCACGACGACUCGACCAUAGACGGCAACAUGAACCUGAGAGUGGACACACAGGUCGAGGAACGAGGACACCGGAAACAAAGCUACACCCUCUUCCAUCUCCGCAUGCAGGACCUUCGCACACGCCAGUUCUCGCUGCGCCGGUACUGCAGAGAGUCUGGCCGUGAGGUCUGCCACUCGACGCGCAAGUACCAGAAGCCAGCCACAGAGAUGCGGCCAGUCCUGCAACGCGCAAGCACAGCCCUCGCUAGUCUGGUCAAGUCCGACUCUCGCCCCUCAACAUCAGCAGGUCUGAAGCGGGCCGACUCCGGCUAUGACUCCGUGCAGGGCAGUCUUCAUGACGACGACGACGAUAUUACACGCUCGGAGUCACGUCCCAAGGCGGUGGGAUACUCCAAGGGCCGCGCCUUAAUACCAACCAAUACCAUCAAGCUCGAGUUCUCGAAUUACGCACACCUCGACGUCAAGCGCCGCGGUGCCAAGUCAUACAAGAAGUACGCCUUUGAAUACUGGGGCCACGACUACUCCUGGAAACGCAUCGUCAAGAAGGAAGGACGGGACCAGCAGGAAUCUGUCUCCUACUACCUCGUCCGCGAUGACAACGACAAGGAGCCGCUUGCGCAUAUCUGUCCUGUACGCUUGACGCACGAAGAGGCGCAUGAGGAGGCUGCCCGUGGUGGCUGGAUACCACCUUGUUAUAUGCGUGUCACUGACGACAAGAUCCUACGCUCAGACUCAGACAUUUCCGAUGUUGUUAUGGCGACGGGUCUCAUGGCUCUUGUGGACGACUGCAUCAAGCGACGCUUCCACUCCAAACAGAGCACGCAGAUGCACAUCCCGCUUCUCAGAAAUCCGUCAUUCAAAAUGGCCAACUUGGAAUACAUUGGCCCCAAACGCCUCAUCGAUGAGAUGUUCAGCCGAAAACACCAGGAUGGCAACAUACCCAAGAAACAUUCUUCAGCGGCACGUCGGUUGCCGACGUCCGUUUAG